CCGUUAACUAGACGUUACACCGUUAGCUUUCUUAAACGCCGCCAGACAUUGGUUCCCGAAACACCUCCUCCUCCUCCGGUUCUUCAAUCUUUGAAACGAGCAGGAGAGUACAAACACGCAAGUAGCCAACAAUCCCUUCACUAAUGUCCUCUUUCACUUCCUCAACCGCCAAAAGAAUCUCUCAGCUCCCCCACAAUUUCCCCAAAUUUAAACCCUUUUUUCACAAUAAACCCCAAGCGAAACCAUUAACUAAUGACCAUCAUUAUGAGCUUCAACCUUCACACAUGGAGAACAGCAUCUACACCCUUCUCACUAUAGAACGUUGGGAGUCUCUCAACCACAUGGACUACAAGUUAGCGUCACUCAGACCUGUUCAUGGGAAGCUUGCUUUGAAAUUUCUCAACUGGGUUAUGAAAACCCCUGGUUUGGAACUCAAUCACUUCACUCACUUGCUUUGUUUGACAGCUCAUGUUCUUGUUAAAGCUAGAAUGUAUGAUGAUGCCAAGGUGAUAUUUAGGCAGUUAGCUCAUUUGGGUAUUGGUCAAAAGUCCGUCUUUGGUGCUCUGAUGAAUACAUACCCUCUUUGUAAUUCAAACCCCUCUGUUUUUGACUUAUUGAUUAGGGUUUAUAUGCGAGAGGGGAUGGUUUUAGAUGGGUUAGAGACCUUUAGGUUGAUGGGUUUUAGAGGCUUUAAUCCAUCGAUUUUUACCUGUAAUAUGGUGUUAGGGUGUGUGCAGAAAGAGUGUGGAGUUGGGUCAGUUUGGUUGGUUUUUAGGGAAAUGCUGGCUAGGAAGAUUUGUCCUAAUGUAGCUACUUUUAAUGUGUUGAUCAAUGCUUUGUGUAUGGAAGGAAAGCUAAAGAAAGCUGGUUAUUUGGUGAGAAAGAUGGAGGAGAGUGGUUAUGUUCCUAAUGUAGUGACUUAUAAUACUUUGCUCAAUUGGUAUUGUAAGAAGGGGAGAUAUAAAGCUGCGUUUGAGCUGAUUGAGUAUAUGGGGUGUAAGGGUAUUGAAGCUGAUGUAUGUACAUAUAAUAUGUUCAUUGAUGAUUUGUGCAGAAACAAUAGAAGUUCGAAGGGUUAUUUACUCUUGAAAAAUAUGAGGAAGAGGAGGAUAUUUCCUAACGAAGUAACUUAUAAUACUCUUAUUAAUGGGUUUGUUAAGGAGGGAAAGAGUGGGAUUGCAGCUCGGGUUUUUGAUGAGAUGUCAAUGUUUAAUCUUUCACCGAAUAGUAUUACUUACAAUGCUUUAAUUGAAGGACACUGCAACAAGGGUAAUUUCAAAGAAGCUUUGAGACUUUUGGUUAGAAUGGAAGCGGUUGGACUAAGACCUACUGAAGUCAGUUAUGGGGCUCUUUUAAAUGGAUUAUGUAAACAUGCAAAGUUUGACUUAGCAAUGGGCUUCCUGGAAAAAAUGAGGACUGACGGAAUGGUUAUUGGCCGUAUAACAUACACAUCAAUUAUUGAUGGGCUAUGCAAAAAUGGGUUACUUGAUGAAGCUAUGCAAUUGCUUGAUAAUAUGUUCAAGGAUGGAUUGAAUCCUGAUCUUAUCACAUUUUCUGUACUUAUAAAUGGAUUUUGCAGAGUGGGAAAGACUAAAAAAGUGAAGGAGUUGUUAUGUAAAUUGUAUAGAGCUGGACUUGUUCCUAACAACAUCAUAUACUCAACAUUGAUCUAUAACUUCUGCAAGAUGGGAAAUGUUGUGGAAGCAUUGAAGGUCUUUUCAGUUAUGAGUUGCAAUGGUCAUGAUUCAGAUCAGUUUACAUUUAACGUGUUGGUUGCUUCUCUAUGUAGAGUUGGAAAAGUUGGAGAGGCUGAAGAUUUGAUGCAUCACAUGAGCAGAAUUGGUCCAGUCCCUAACUCAGUGACUUAUGAUUGUAUUAUAAAUGGCCACGGGAUGUUGGGCGAUGGGUUAAAAGCAUUUUCUGUGUUUGAUGAAAUGAUUGAACUUGGUCAUCACCCAAGUCAUUUCACAUAUGGUGGUUUACUUAAAGGACUGUGUAAAGGCGGCAAUUUUCAGGAGGCGAAAGAAUUUUUGAAUACUCUUCAUCAUAUUCCUUCUGCUGUAGAUACUGUUGCCUACAACACUGUAAUUUCUGAGGCAUGCAAAUCUGGAAAAUUAUGGGAGGCAGUGGUCCUUCUUGAUCAGAUGGUACAGCAUAAUUUGUUGCCUGAUAGUUAUACAUAUACUAGUCUUCUUUCUGGGUUAUGUAGGAAGGGCAAAGUUGUUGCCGCUCUUCUUUUCUUUGACAAAGUGAUGGCAAAAGGUACUUUGCCUAAUGAGGUAAUGCUUACUUGUUUGGUUAAUGGCCUUUUUAAGGCUGGUCAACCAAAGGUUGCUCUCUAUAUUUAUGAUGCCAUGGAGAUGGAAGGUGUGUGCCCCGACGUUAUUUCUUUCAAUGCCAUAAUAGAUGGACUCUCAAGGAUGGGAAAAAUGUUGAGGGCAUAUGAUGUCUUAUCAACAGUAAGGAGCAGAAGUCUGUGCCCUAAUUUGGCUACGUAUAAUAUUCUUUUGCAUGGUUUUUCAAGAAAGAAAGAUUUAGUGAUGUGCUCUAAUUUACAGAGUAUCAUGACGAGGGCUGGUCUCUCACCUGACAAAUUAACAUAUCAUUCUCUCAUUCUUGGAUUUUGUCAGACUGGUAUGUUAGAAGUUGGUGUUAAAUUUUUGAAACAGUUGAUAGUAGAAGGUUCUGUUGUUGAUCAGUUUACAUUUAACAUGCUUAUUUUGGAGUGUUGUAAAACUGGUGAGCUGGAGAAGGCCUUUGAUCUGCUACACAUUAUGAAUAACUUGGGAGUUUUUCCUGACGUACAUACCUAUAAUGCUAUCAUAACUGGACAUAACAGACUUUCUGCUUUCAAAGAAUCCCAUUCCAUUGUGCUUGACAUGUCAGAGAAGGGUUUUACACCUAAAUGUACUCAAUAUAUUACAAUAAUUAAUGGUAUGUGUAGAAUGGGGGAUCUAAAAGGAGCAUUCAAGGUAAAAGAUGAGAUGGAGGCACUUCAAGUCAUUCCCUGUAAUGUAGUCGAGAGUGCAAUGGUAAGAGGGCUUGCAUUAUAUGGGAAGGUUGAAGAAGCAAUGCUGGUUCUUAAUUACAUGCUGAGGAUGAGACUUGUUCCAACUGUUGCUACUUUUACGACUCUGAUGUGCAAGUUCUGCAAAGAAGCUAACUUUGUGGAGGCCCUGAAGUUGAAAGACAUAAUGGAACGCUGUGGAGUGAAGCUUGAUGUGGUUACAUACAAUGUUCUCAUUUCAGGCCUUUGUGCACAUGGGGAUGUUACAGCUGCACUUGAACUAUAUGAAGAGAUUAAACAAAGAGGUCUUUGGGCCAAUACCACCACUUAUACUGUUCUCAUUGAUGCCAUUUCCAAGGAGGAAAGUUUUUUAAAAGGUGAAAUGAUUUUAAAGGAUUUACAAGAGAGGGGAAUAAUAACUUGGGAUUGGGAUGGAAGCACUCAACAUUUGCUUGAGAGCUUGAUGAUUGCACAGCAAAAGUUGAAAUCCUUUAGCCACAAGAGAAGAAAAAAUGCCAGAAUGAGUAGAAAAUCCCUGUAAUUGGUUUGAACACGCAUAGUAUACACUUGGAGCUCUAUUGCCUUAUGAUUUGGUUAGUCAGAUUCUCCUAUUCUCUUCGAUUAAUUCUUUUUUCCACAAUAUUUCUUGUUUACUUCUGGAUUAAUCUGUUUUAAGCUCUUUUCGGGUGAUGUGCAUGCUUUCAUUUCUGAAAAUCAUGGGAACCACUGAUACCGUUGACAUCAGGAGCUGUGCCACAAAUUAUCAACUUGCUUGAUUCGCCCUGCGAUAAGGUGCAGCAAAGAGGCGAUGAAAAGCUUCUUCUGGUUUAAAUUGAAGCUUAGGAUAACUGCUGGUGUCAUUUAUCAUUCUUUCAUGCAAGAAAAUGCAGGUGGAGCCGCUUGCCCAAAGUGUCCCAAGCAAUAUUCAAACUCCUGAAUCAACUUGAUCUCAAAAUAGGAAAAAUGCCAUGUGAUCAACAUGGGCCAUCUAUGAUCUGGAAAUGUAUCCUGAUUUGCUGUCAAAUUCUUCGAUUCACCAAUCAAAUAUGUAUAUGUCGGUUUAAGAUUUUCCCUGAUUGCUAGAAUGAGGAACAGCAUUAUAAAUAUGCAACUCUGCCCCUUCUGCAUGUGGUUCUCAUGGACAGAACAAACACAUCUGGCAUAUGCAACAUGUCCAACAUCCAUUGCAGGUUACAGAAUUGAUGCUCUUAAUUCAUGGCUCCCCAGGCCCCAUCUGUAAGUGGCACUAAUCCUCAAAAUCCAUAAAUCUGCUACAAAACUGGCCAUUUAUGUCCUCUUUCUGAUAUGUUUUUGUUGGCACGUUUCCUUGGAAAAAAAAAAAACCAGCAUAGGAUUUCUUGUGACAGCAUCUCAUGUACAUAAGAGUUUACCAUACAUCCAGCGUAUCUUGUUAUUUGUGUAAAACUAAUAAAACCACGAACCCGGUUUAUGUAUUUACUGACUUGACGUAUAAUAACGUCAUAUGUCUAAUGUAUUUGAUACUUUUCUCGAAAGAUAAAAUAGAAACAAUACUCCAUGUAGAUGAGAAUUGAAGUUGUAAUACUGUUAUGCAAAUCCUUUGUCAACAAA